AUAUACACUCAAACGGUAGCAUUCCGCCAUAUUACAAUUUCGCAUUUUGUGAUUAGAUUGUUUGAUAUUUGGUUGUUUCUUUAUUUCAUAAAAUUCCGAUUGUGCAAUUAAAAUAUUGUCAAUUUAAAGAGAUUACCAAACGAUUUCGGCUGUUUUUAGUGUACGUAUUUGAAUCGAGUGCAAAGAGAAACGAUGAGUACUGACAUAGAUAAUGCCGCAAAGGCAACCGAGCAGAAAGCAAUGGAAAAGUUAGAGGAAGAAAAACUCCGAGCAAAAUAUCCGACAGUUGGCAGCGGUCUGCGUGGUGACGGCCCCGGUGGACACUCAGCGUUCCUACAGAAGCGGCUACAGAAAGGACAAAAAUAUUUCGAUUCGGGUGACUAUCAAAUGGCCAAACAGAAGGGCGGCGGUAUUAAGCAAGUGUUCGCCAACAAAGUGGGAGGAGUGCCCACCGGUGAUGCCAUUCCGACGCCAGAAAGUGUUCCAGCGAGAAAAACAUCUAUAAUACAGCCAUGCAACAAAUACCCUCCCAGUUAGGUCGAUCGAUGUCGUUCGGAUUCAAUUGUGUGUGUUUUGUUUUCCAAUUAAUUGCUACUCCCCACCACCACCAAUCCAAUUCACUAUGGUUACAAAUGAUUUUUCUUUGUUUUUGUUUUUCGUUUUUAUUUUUUAUUUAGCUUUUUUCCUAGAUUUCAAUUUCCGAAUUAUUAUUUCUGAAAUUAAGUAUUCCCGAGAAACAUUCACACGAUUUCUUUAAAAAACGAGAAAACAAAAUGAAUUAAAUUUUUAACGUUACAAAUACGAAAUGAUCUGAAAAUUUGAGUAGAAAGAGAAAGAGGAAGGAAGAAGAAGAAAACAUUCUGUUCCGAGUGUACAGCUCAUGUUUUUCAUUAAAAUAAUUUUUUUUUACUUUUCGUUCAUUCAGAAAUUUCAAAGUUUUGCGGUAAAAUGAGGAACCUUUUAGUGAAUUCAACACAACGCGCGUUUGUACAUAAAAAAAUUGAUGUGAAGAAGUACACACAAAAUUUGUUUUAAGUAACACGAAGGUUAAAAGAAUUGACUAUGAUUUGUUGUUUAGCUUAAGGAUAUUUUAACUUAAUAAAAAGAAUGAUAUUUUGAAA